GCGCCUUCACAAUGCAUGGUCGGUCUUCAGCAUCAGUCGUCGUUGAACUCUCGUCUCGUGAGCAUCAGCUACAGCUGUCAAGUAGCGGUUGAAUCGAAUCGAAACAAAUUUACGCGGAUAUACAUAUAUAGAUUGGCAGACAAAAUGGCCACUGUUACAAGGUUGUCGAUUGUAAAAUUUCUCGAGCUUCUCUUGGUGUGCAUCCUUAUCGGAUUGCACUACAACUCCUUCAAUGCGGGUGAUCAACAUACCGCGAUGAUAACUAUGGGAACUUUCGGCGGAUAUCUGAUCAUUCUGAUCGGCUUGUUCAUCGGCAGUGUAAUGGGAACACCAGUUAAUCGCCGUGUGGAUCUCUUUUUCUCGCUCAUCGGAUGCGCCCUGUUCAUCGCCGCGGGUUCGCUCAACAUUGACUACUUUCACAAAAUAUCGUACAAGUCGUCAUUCCGUGACACCGGCUUGGCCAAGGGUUCCCUCAGCAUCAUCGAGGGCGCAAUAUUUCUCGUGGAUGCGUUUCUCACGUUCCGGGGUGAAAACUGAGACCUGAGUCCGCUUGCGAGCACAACAAGGGACUGCGCGGCCGACGAUGUGUUUAAACCACAUUCCGUGAUUGACGUGAAACCCUCCGCAGAAUCCUCUCUCUCUUUCUCUCUCCUCUCUCUCUCUCCUCUCUCUCUCUCUAAUCUAAGAGAUGAUACUGCCAAAGAGUUUCCUGACAUACGAGAUAACUCUUUCAUUCUCCGCCGGGUAGCCGGAGAAGAUUAUUCGCGCGCGAAUCGUGCGUAAGAAAGAAGCUUCGCCAGUUUUUUUUUUAACCAAAUAUAUCACGAAUUUUACGCAGUUUUUUUUUCACAAAAUUCAACGAGAUUCAAACGCUCUUUACUCACGAUUUCAUAAGCGCGAGAGAUAUGAACAUUCUGUCACAACACGAAUUGAAAUUCAUUUCGGGGAAAUAGUUUUUAAUAAAAAAUACACACAUAUAUUAUCUGACGUGCCUUCCCUCUUUUUUUUUUUUGUACGUAUAGAUCGAUCAAAAGUUCUGAACUGUAAUUUAGAUCAAUGUUUUAAUAUACGAUAUUUUUUGCAGUACCUAAUCCGAUAUAGUACAAAAUGUGUGCAGGGAUCUCACAUGUGUAAAAAAAAAGCGAAAGAUUAUAUAUAUAUACGUAUAUACUGCGUAAA